AUGGACCACAAUGGGAACCAGCAUGCAGCCGAGGUCGCCAUUACAGAUACGCACUAUCCAACGGAAGGUCGGGUUGGAUACCCCAAAUACGAGGAUGGCACUGGUGUCGUAGUCUGUCCUCGUAUCGUCAAUAUGGAAGGCUUCCACGAGCGAGCUCCACUUGAUUCAGCCGCGGAUGCCAUCGUCACCAUACUCUACAAGCAUGAUCCAGAUGUUCUGCGCAAAUUUCUCGAUAUUCGCAGCAUACGCAGAUUUACAUACUUAUUGCGCGACAUUGACUUGACCAAGUCCCCAGAGCAGUACCUCCUGUGUCCCUUCAUCAUCACACGCGAGAAAACACUUGUUCAGGCAGGCCACUCACAUAACCUUUGCAAUCCCCUUUUAUCGAUGGCUGACUUGAUAAGGCUGGGUACCGACUUUGAGAUCCUUCCGACCUACGAGUGGAAAGUUGGAAAAUCCACGAAUGAACAACAGGGCGUGGCUCAUUGCGAGUUGGGUGACCAAGAGGAAGAAGCUUGGGGGUGGCUGAUUUCAGGCAAGAAAGUCGCCAGGAACAUGCUCAUUCACAAGAAGUGGAAACACGAGAGAGGUCACUGUAUUGAGGUUGCUUUUACUAGAGAGGAUUAUCAGGAAGAGGCUUGA